AUGAGUUUGUAUAAGGUGAAGAAGUUAGAAAAGAAGGUGGAUGAUGUGUUGAAUGAAAACAAAUUACUAGCUGUUGAAAACAAGAAAGUGUCUGAUCGUGAAAAGAUUCUUGAAAUGCGUGUGAAGAGACUAGAGUCUGAUAACAAGGCAUUACAGAAGAAGAUUGACACUGAUCAAACAGAGAUUGAUUUCUUGAAAAACAAAGAACUUGAAGCGGAGAAAGCGUUUAGAGAGCAUGAGUUCUACAUGUUGAAUAAAGUAGUCGAGAACAUGCUUGGAAAGUCGAUUGAGAAGAAAUUUGAAGAAAUUCAAGUGGAAGAUCUUAGAGCUAAACGUCAAGCUGAGAGCGAUGAGCAAAUGAAAGAUAAAGGCAAAGGUGUUGAAAGUAGUACAACAGUGACUGAAAGAUCAAUUGUUCCUUCCUUGGUCGUUGAAAAUCCUGUACCAUUGUCUGCUGUAUCUGCUAUCUUUGAUGAGGAUGCAUUACUUGAAGAUGAUCCUGUUGAAGGUGACGAUGUGGAUGACGACGAUGACGAUGAUGACAAGGAAGAUGAUGAUGAUGAGAAAGUCUUUUCUGCUAGCAGUCAUGGUUCUGAUAAUGACGAUGAUGAUGCUCAAGGUGGUAUGGGAAUUAAAAUGACUGAACAGUCAAGUCAAAGAACUGUUGAUGAUUUUUUGAAUAACAGUGUGAAUGAAGAGACAGGGAGAGCUGAAGGAAAGGGGGAGCAUGGUGAUGAUAAGAAUGUAAAACAUGUUGAAAAGUUAAUUUUGAGAUUAGACACUGAUAUGGAGGAAGGUGAACACAGACAUACGUAUACAUUGGAAGAGAUUAAGGAAAUGACACGUAUGGUGGAUCCUGACUUCAAAUUUGAUUUUGAAGAGGAAUUAAAUGCGUUCGACAUCAACCAUCAACCAAAAUACGAGUACAAGUAUGUAGAGGAUGCUGAUAUGUAUGAUAGGGUUGAGGUUGAAGAUUGCACUGAUGAUGAGAGUAUGAGUGAAGAUACUUCUCAGUAUCCUAUACUGAUGGAGUUCUUUACUGAAGAGAAUAGAGACGAGUUGAGAAGGAAAGUGGCUGAGAUCUUAAAAGACAAAAAUUUCGAUGGUACUCCUAAGGAUAUGCAGAAGGAAGAACGGCAGAAGUGGUUUAAUGUUAGUCAUGAAAGAAAAUUCAAAAGGCCGUUGAAGUAUUAUUAG